CUCUCUCAUUCACACCAUCUCCUUCAUUUUCAUCUCCCUCUGUAAAAUCCAUUUUCUUUUUCAUUCUCCUCUGCUCAGUGGGAAGUGCUCACUCUGAUGAGCAAAGUAGAAGUCAUCUCCAGAAAUCUUACACAAAGAAGUUAUAAUCAUCAUCAUCAUAAUCAGAAUCAGAAUCGCCGUCGGAUAUUAUUAAGAUGGAGAAUCAUCAAGUAGCAGUAGAUGGAGGAAUGAUACAAAACAAACACGCGGAUGCAUCUAGACCAUCUUUAGGUUUCCCACUCGGUACAGCUCUGUUAUUGAUUAUCAUUUUCAGUUUGAGUGGUUUCUUUUCUUGCUGUUACCACUGGGAUAAACUCAGAUCUCUCCGGCGAUCUUUUUCGCCUGAUGAUCAACAUCUAGAGGAAGAAGAUACAGAUCUCGAAGCUAAUAACAGCAACAUCCAAUCGCCGUCGUCGAAACCUUCUCAAAUCUACCCGAAUUGGAAGCAAAGUAUAAAUGAAAGUAUGCCGGUGAUAAUGCCCGGAGAUAAAAUCGCCAAGUUCAUAGCAUUGCCGUGUCCUUGCGAGCCUUACCGGCCAGAUAAAGUCUCUCUGGAAGUAGAAAAUUUGCAACAAACGCCACCACAGCCGCAGACACUUGUGUACAAUCACGUAGCUAGAUUUGGUGUAUACUAUAAUGGUUGAGAAAUGAAUUAAAGAAAAAUUUAGAGAUUAAAUUUUUGGAUUAAUAUUGAUCAUUGUUUUAAUUAAUCAAUGUAAAUAGAUAAAAGGAUCUGUGUAACAUUUCAUUUUGAUUAAUGAAGUGUGAUGAUCACUGAUCUGUUUUUUUUUCACCUUGAAGGACAAUUAGUUAAAAUGUCAGGACAGUGAAAAGUAAAAAAUGGGAUGUUGAUGGUAAUUUUUUUAAUUGAAUGGCAAUUAAGGGCUUUAGAAGAA